AUGCCACCUUUAAUUUCAUUUCUCAAAAUAUUGUUUCUGAAAUCAAUAAUAUAUGAAAAUUGUUUAACAGAUGAUGUUGCUGAUUGUAGAUAUACAGAUUUUUAAAUUGUUGGAACGAAUGAUGCAACUUUAGAUAGGUGUGGAUCACAACCUAAAAAUUUAUUUAUGGGGCCUUAUGGAUUUAAAACUUAAGUAACCAAGACAUUUACAAAUGUUCCCCCUAAUAAUUUAAUUGAAUUAUAAGUUGGUAUUUGGAAAUUAGACUCUUGGGAUAAAGAAGGAUUUGAGAUUUAUGCAAAUGAAGUGUAAAUUGAAAAUUUAAUAUUGAAUUAUGAUGAUGGUACAAUGAUUUGUAGAACAGAAUUUUGGUAGGAUUUGCUUUAGCCUCUUUCACUAAAGUUUUAAAUAAUAGGAACUGAUUUAACUAUUAAGUUAAAAGACAAUUUAAAUUCUAAUUCUUGGUUAGAAGAUCUAAAUGAUGGUAUUAAUUGAAUGAUUUCUAGAAUCUUGGGGAUUUAGAGACAUAAUUUUAAGACUUGCUGUUCCUUGUGUGAAUUUUUAUAGUGAAUGUAAUUACAAUGGAAUGUUAUUAUAAAUAUGCUAAGGAGAGUAAUCAAAAUUGUAAAACUAAAUUCCUUUUGAAAUCAAAUCAAUACUCAUGGGUCCUGGAAUUAUUGUUAAAUUGAAAAGCCCAAACUACUUUGAAGGAGUAUUAUAAGAGUUUUCUUCCUCAUAGACUUGUUUGAAUAGUUUUUAGGUAUUCAUGUAAUAUUUAUUUUCAGUUUCCAAAAGUUAUCUAUCAAGAAUGA